AUGGUCAAUCAAACACCAGACAACGGAUACAACGCUGCACAAGACAAUACAAAGAUCAUGGUCAAUCAAACACCAGACAAGAGACGAAACGCUAUACAAGACAACACAAAGAUCAUGGUCAAUCAAACACCAGAUAACGGACACAACGCUGCACAAGACAAUACAAAGAUCAUGGUCAAUCAAACACCAGACAACGGAUACAACGCUGCACAAGACAAUACAAAGAUCAUGGUCAAUCAAACACCAGACAACGGAUACAACGCUGCACAAGACAAUACAAAGAUCAUGGUCAAUCUAACACCAAACAAGAGACACUACGAGACAAAACGCUACAAGACAACACAAGGAUCAAGACCUCAAAACACCAAACAGGAGACAAAACGCUACAAUACAACACAAGGAUCAAGACCUCACGACACCAAACAGGAGACAAAACGCUACAAUACAACACAAGGAUCAAGACCUUACGACACCAAACAAAAGACAAAACGCUACAAUACAACACAAGGAUCAAGACCUCACGACACCAAACAAGAGACAAAACGCUACAAGACAACACAAGUAUCAAGGCCUAACGGCACCAAACAGGAGACAAAACGCUACAAUACAACACAAGGAUCAAGACCUCACGACACCAAACAGGAGACAAAACGCUACAAUACAACACAAGGAUCAAGGCCUAACGACACCAAACAGGAGACAAAACGCUACAAGACAACACAAGGAUCAAGGCCUAACGACACCAAACAUGAGACAAAACGCUACAAGACAACACAAGGAUCAAGGCCUAACGACACCAAACAGGAGACAAAACGCUACAAUACAACACAAGGAUCAAGACCUCACGACACCAAACAUGAGACAAAACGCUACAAGACAACACAAGGAUCAAGGCCUAACGACACCAAACAGGAGACAAAACGCUACAAUACAACACAAGGAUCAAGGCCUCACGACACCAAACAAGAGACAAGACGCUACAAUACAACACAAGGAUCAAAACCUCACGACACCAAACAGGAAACAAAACGCUACAAGACAACACAAGGAUCAAGAUCUCACGACACCAAACAGGAGACAAAACGCUACAAUACAACACAAGGAUCAAGACCUCACGACACCAAACAAGAGACAAAACGCUACAAGACAACACAAGGAUCAAGGCCUAACGACACCAAACAGGAGACAAAACGCUACAAGAUAACACAAGGAUCAAGGCCUAACGACACCAAAUAG